UGGAAAUUAUGCAUUAAUAUUUGCAUCGAUUAGUAUUAUCAAUAGUAUAGAGACAAACGCUGUUUAAUGUUAAAAAAGAAUGAAUUGAAAGAAUGAAUAGUCACAAAAUAUAAUUGCAAACGAAGAAAUUAACCAUAUCAAUUUCGAUUCUGGGAAAUUUACGCGCGCUUGGAAAUAUUGAAAUAUUGAUUUUCUCGUGAGGCAAAACGUGCAUACUGCUCAUGCUCGCUGCUUCAACUUUCGGUCGUUGCUGGACAGCUGGCGACACGGCCGAAAAAUGUUCGUCGCGACACCGUCAGCUUGUUAUUACCUCUGAAAUGUUUAUUGCACGUUGAGCUUGAUCGUUGCUUUAUAUUCCGAAAUGUAGUCUAUAAAAAAUGCCGUAAAGGCAGUAUCUAUCAUUUCCUAAAAAGUCCAGAGAAAGGUUCUAAAAUGUAAUGUAAACGAAUAACGCAUGCAUGUAUGCGUGCAUUAUUCGUAUGAAUGGACGAUCAGUAGAAACAGAUGGAAGAACUUAGCAAAUUAAGUUGAUCCAUUAAUUCCUGGUAAUAACUUUUCAUUAAAUACAGUUAUAUAAUUCGGCAAUCCCAGAAAAAACAGGCCUCAAGAUUGCGAACAUAAUCCCUAUUAUGAUGUUGGGGAGGAAGCAGAGCCUCAAAGGGGAACCCGUUCUGGCCGACUAUGGCCCGGAAGAGUCCCUCAAUGAGAGCGCUGACAUAGAAUGGGUCAACAAGCUGUGGGUGAGAAGGUUGAUGCGGUUCUGCGCUCUGGUCUCGCUGGCAUCCGUUUGCUUGAACACUCCGAAGACGUUCGAGAAAGUACCAGCUCUGCAAUAUGUUACUUUCAUUUGCGAUUUAUUAGUCACGUUUCUGUUCACCGCCGAGAUGAUCGCCAAGAUGUAUAUACGUGGAAUACUAAAGAGGGAUAAGUCUUACUUGAAGGAUCAUUGGUGCCAAUUCGACGCGAGUAUGGUGAUCUUCCUCUGGCUGUCUGUGAUUCUGCAGAUGUUCGAGAUGUUGGGUUUCCUUGUUAAAUUCAGUUAUGCUUCAAUCAUGCGAUCACCACGACCACUGAUCAUGAUACGCUUCCUACGGGUCUUCCUCAAAUUCUCGAUGCCCAAGAAUAGAAUUAAUCAGAUUUUUAAACGCUCGAGCCAACAGAUUUACAAUGUGACGCUCUUCUUCCUCUUCUUCAUGUCUCUUUAUGGCUUUCUGGGUGUGCAAUUUUUUGGCGAGCUGAAGAACCAUUGUGUGCUGAACACAACUGAUCCGCAUUACAUCACGAUCAACAGUCUAGCUAUUCCCGACACAUUCUGCUCCACUGACCCAGGAUCUGGAUACCAAUGUCCCGAAGGAAUGAUCUGCAUGAAGCUGGAGUUAACCAAGUAUAUUAUAGGCUUCAAUGGAUUUGACGAGUUUGCUACCAGCAUAUUCACCGUCUAUCAAGCAGCCUCUCAAGAGGGCUGGGUCUUCAUCAUGUAUCGAGCGAUAGAUAGUCUGCCAGCGUGGCGUGCGGUCCUCUACUUCAGCACGAUGAUAUUCUUCUUGGCCUGGUUGGUGAAGAACGUCUUCAUCGCCGUCAUCACGGAGACCUUCAAUGAAAUCCGGGUGCAAUUCCAGCAAAUGUGGGGCGUCAGAGGUCAAAUCAGCAACAGUUCAGCUUCGCAGAUAUUAACCGGAGAUGAUAACGGUUGGAAGCUAGUGACGUUAGACGAGAACAAACACGGCGGUCUAGCCUCGCCGUUCUGUCACGCUAUCCUCAGAUCACCACAAUUCCGCAUGGUGGUGAUGUGCGCGAUUCUGGCGAACGGCAUCACCACUGCUACGAUGACAUUCAAGCACGACGAGCAACCGAGGCACACGUAUUAUGACAACUAUUACUACGCCGAGAUCGCCUUUACGAUACUCCUUGAUCUAGAGACUCUGUUCAAGAUAUGGUGCCUGGGCUUCCGGAGUUACUUUAAGCAUUCGAUUCACAAGUUCGAGCUGCUGCUUGCCGUUGGCACGACUAUACACAUUCUUCCGUUCUGCUAUCUCUCUGGAUUCACUUACUUUCAGGUUCUCCGGGUGGUUCGACUUAUCAAGGCAUCGCCGAUGUUGGAGGACUUUGUCUACAAGAUUUUCGGUCCAGGAAAGAAGCUCGGAAGUCUCAUCAUUUUUACCAUGUGCUUACUGGUGAUAUCAUCUAGCAUUUCUAUGCAGCUCUUCUGCUUCCUCUGCGACUUCACUAAGUUUGAAACCUUCCCUGAGGCGUUCAUGUCGAUGUUCCAAAUUCUCACGCAAGAAGCCUGGGUGGACGUGAUGGACGAGACUAUGGUUAGAACUCACGAGACGAUGGCGCCUUUCGUCGCGGUGUACUUUAUCUUAUACCAUCUUUUCGUUACCUUGAUUGUAUUGAGUCUUUUCGUCGCCGUGAUCUUGGAUAAUCUCGAACUGGACGAAGAUAUUAAGAAGCUGAAGCAACUAAAGUUCCGUGAACAGAGCGCUGAGAUAAAAGAGAGCUUACCAUUCAGACUGAGGAUUUUCGAGAAGUUCCCGGACAGUCCGCAGAUGACAUGUCUUCACAAAGUGCCGUCAGACUUCAACUUACCGAAGGUGCGCGAGAGUUUUAUGCGACAAUUCGUACUUGAAGUGGAGGACGAGGAGAACGAAGGCACUAAGAGAACUAACGAAACCUUCGAUUCGAAAAUGUUGUACAGGAAGCAGCGGCCAGUGAAGAUCUUGAAUAAUCCGCCGAAAGUGAGAAGCGUUGUGACGAAUUUGAAGAAAGCGGCUGUCAUCUAUAUUAUAAAUGAUUCCAACAAUCAGAGGCUCCUGUUGGGAGAUUCCGCUAUGAUUCCUGUGCCGGGAAAAGCACUGCUGAAACCGCAAGGCACCGUCAGCAGUGCCAAGCAGCUUCGCAUCGACCAGAAGAAAUCAAUCAGAAGAAGUGUCCGAAGUGGAUCGAUCAAACUCAAGCAAACUUAUGAGCAUCUUAUGGAGAAUGGCGAUAUAGGUGGGAUAAACAGAGUCAGUUCCUCGCGCAGCAGGCCGCACGAUUUGGACAUCAAGCUGCUGCAGGCUAAGAGGCAACAGGCGGAAAUGCGAAGAAAUCAACGUGAAGACGAUUUGCGGGAGAACCAUCCAUUCUUCGAUACACCAUUGUUCGUCGUGCCGCGUGAGAGUAAAUUCCGCAAGAUUUGCCAACUGCUCGUUUACGCGAGAUAUGAUGCGAGACUGAAGGAUCCCCUGACAGGCAAGGAGAGGAAAGUGCAAUACAAGAGUCUGCACAAUUUCCUCGGUUUAGUAACUUACCUCGACUGGGUGAUGAUAUGUGCCACGACGUUGUCGUGCAUCUCAAUGAUGUUCGAGACGCCACGAUAUCGCGUGAUGGAAGUACCGGCCUUGCAGAUCGCGGAAUAUGGCUUUGUCAUCUUCAUGAGCAUUGAAUUGGCGCUCAAGAUCUUGGCGGACGGUUUGUUCUUCACACCCAAAGCUUAUAUUAAGGAUGUUGCUUCAGUGCUGGAUGUCUUUAUUUACAUUGUGAGUCUCGUGUUCUUGUGCUGGAUGCCGAAGAGUGUGCCGCCGAAUUCCGGCGCACAGUUGCUGAUGAUAUUGCGAUGCGUCCGACCAUUGAGGAUCUUCACACUUGUGCCGCAUAUGAGGAAAGUCGUUUACGAGCUUUGCAGAGGGUUCAAAGAGAUCUUGCUGGUAUCGACAUUACUGAUCCUGUUGAUGUUUGUGUUCGCGAGUUACGGCGUGCAGUUGUACGGUGGCCGAUUAGCCAGAUGCAACGAUCCGACGAUUUUGAAACGCGAGGACUGCGUCGGUGUAUUCAUGAGGAGAGUGUUUGUGACAAAGAUGAAGCUGCGCCCCGGGAAAGACGAGAGUUAUCCGUCCAUAUUGGUACCGCGCGUUUGGGCUAAUCCUAAAAGAUUUAAUUUCGAUAAUAUUGGCGACGCGAUGAUGGCUCUGUUUGAAGUGCUUUCCUUCAAAGGCUGGCUCGAUGUGCGAGAUGUUCUUAUCAAAGCUCUUGGUCCCGUUCACGCGAUUUACAUACAUAUUUAUAUUUUCCUGGGUUGUAUGAUCGGCUUGACCCUAUUCGUGGGCGUUGUGAUUGCAAAUUACUCCGAGAACAAGGGCACUGCUCUGUUGACGGUCGAUCAGAGACGAUGGUGCGACUUGAAAAAGCGUUUGAAGAUCGCUCAGCCGCUGCACUUGCCACCGAGACCAGACGGUAAAAAAUUCCGGGCUUUCAUCUACGAUAUUACGCAGAACAUCUACUUCAAACGAUUCAUCGCCGUCAUGGUUAUCAUAAAUAGCGCUCUGCUGUGUGUUUCUUGGAGGAUCGAGGAAUCGCACACGGAACCGCUGGCCACCUUGUCCAUGAUCCUGACCCUGGUCUUCCUCGUGGAGGUAAUCAUGAAAAACAUUGCUUUCACACCACGUGGCUAUUGGCAGUCUAGAAGAAAUAGAUAUGAUUUGCUCGUGACAGUCGUGGGCGUUAUUUGGAUCGUCAUACACUGCACGAUGAAGAACGAUCUGUCCUACGUGAUCGGAUUUAUGGUUGUAAUACUCAGGUUCUUCACCAUUACCGGCAAGCACACCACACUCAAGAUGCUGAUGCUCACAGUCGGAGUGUCCGUUUGCAAGAGCUUCUUCAUCAUAUUCGGCAUGUUCUUGCUCGUGUUCUUUUACGCUUUAGCCGGCACUAUUAUUUUCGGCACCGUCAAAUACGGAGAAGGUAUAGGAAGGCGUGCUAAUUUCGAGUCACCGGUCACCGGUGUGGCGAUGCUCUUCCGCAUAGUGACGGGAGAGGACUGGAACAAGAUCAUGCACGAUUGCAUGAUACAGCCACCUAAUUGCACGCCGGCGGACAAUUAUUGGGAAACGGACUGUGGCAAUUUCCACGCUUCUCUCAUUUACUUUUGUACAUUUUAUGUUAUCAUCACUUACAUCGUUUUGAAUCUCCUAGUGGCUAUCAUUAUGGAGAACUUCUCUCUAUUCUAUUCAAACGAAGAGGACGCAUUAUUGUCGUACGCCGACAUCAGGAACUUUCAAAACACGUGGAAUGUUGUCGAUGACCAUCAGAAAGGUGUUAUACCAGUGAAGAAGGUGAAAUACAUUUUGCGGCUGUUGAAGGGCCGAUUAGAAACCGACCCACAAAAGGAUCGCCUACUCUUCAAGUACAUGUGCUAUGAGCUCGAACGACUGCAUAACGGUGAAGACGUUACUUUCCACGAUGUUAUUAACAUGUUGUCGUACCGUUCGGUGGACAUAAGGAAAGCGCUCCAAUUGGAGGAAUUAUUAGCGCGAGAAGAGUUCGAGUACAUAAUUGAGGAGGAGGUGGCCAAGCAAACUAUCAGAACGUGGCUACAAGGCUGCUUGAAAAAAAUAAGAGCGAAACAGCAGAACAGUCUCAUCGCUGGGCUUCGCGCUACAAACAACGCGAUUGCGCCGCCUCAGGAUCAUAUUGAAGAAAAGGGCAAAGAAGUUAGCGUUGAUCGCGAAGAGGAGACUGAAACUAAAGAUGUCGAGGUGCCGAAGCACAGAGUAAAAAAACCAGUGGUGCUUCCACGAUCGGACAGCAUAGGAAGUGCAUCGGGGAGGAAGUAUCUGGCCCCGACUUUAUCGGAUCCUGCAUCCGUUCGGUCUGAAAAGGAUAAAAUCGCCGUAGCGAAGAAGAGGAACAGCAGACCACCAGCGAUGGUGAAAAAUAAUUUGCCACACCUGACGGAAAACACGGAGCAAAGUAGGCAACAGAGGGAGGCGUCGAACAGCAAAGUGUCUGCUCCUAAAGUCUCUAGCGUCAUGUUGGAAGUGCGAGAAUGGUGGAAGGAACAAUUAGCUUAUAGCAGCGAAUCCAGCGAAGACGAACUCUAGAACUUCCGAGUCACUGAUAAGAAAUUGUCAGACUGCGCUAUUGUAAUCUCGUUCGUAUGAAUCGUACGAAACGAUAUUCAGCCUAAGAAUCCUUGUAUUCAGCAGGGAGAGAAAAAAGAAUAGAAGGAAGGAAUAUAGUAUGUGCCUAUAAUUUGUAAUUGUUCAUUCUUAACGAACGUCCAAUUUUAACGUGUCAGACUUCGUCGUUUUCACUACUGACAAUUGCUAAUAUAUUAAUAUGUUAUCAAAAAGCAGUAUACACAAAGCGAAGAUCCAAAAAAGCUCCUGUUAUACGUUUUAUGUGAAACUUGACGUGUUAGAAAAAUUAAUCUAUCGCGAAAGAAUUAUUAUAAUCAUUGAAACAUACACACACUCGCGGCAUUUCGUAUCAAAUAUCAGAUAUUACUGCCGUCAAAUAGUGCAUUCGCCCGGGCAAAUGUGUUUACAUCCCCGAGUAUCCAUUUGAUUAUUUAACGUCGCCCCGUUGAUGAAGAAUCAUGCAUCACAGUGCCACUCAUUCAUCACACUCGUGUCUCAUUCGUGUUAAACAUCACGAGUUAUCCGUGAAAGAAUUUUUUACAUCCAACACGAUAUAAAUUUUCAAGCAGACCAAUAUAAAAUUGGCGAUAUCGUUAACUGCAAUUUUGUAAAUGCACUUGGCACUUGGAUGCGACUUGUUGAUAUUUUUCGCCGUGAAGAGAGUCCUGAUACUCUGUCGAUGACGUUAUCAAGCGCUCAUCCUUCUCUUCUAUAGGAAUACGUUCGGAUGGCCUGUACUGUAGACUUAUAUACACGCAAUUGAUUUGAUAUUGACAGUUGUAAGAUUUUAGCGCAUGAUCGUUAAUGUUACAUUAUCUCUGUUAUAAGUGCUGUUAUAGGUGUCGUCAUCGCUGUGUAUUGAAUAAGACAGCUGCGCAGUCGAUGAAGUAGCAACAUCGGUCAAUACUAUGAUUUAGCGAGUGAUCGCUAGCAAAUGAUUUUCUAAAAUGACCCGAAGAGAUGGGUAGCGUUUUAAUUUGGGGUUAAUUAGCUGAGGCUGAUUUUUCAAAUGAGAUUGCGCAUGCGAUUCAAACGCGAAUAGCGUGUGAAUCAUUCGUAUGAAGUUAAUGGGAAUCGAGUGGAGUAUUUAUACGCUCUCAAACUUUUGUAAUAGGACAUUGUGAUAACAUGAAGAUACGCCGUGAAUAUAUGUUGUUAAGACGAGCCUUUAGCGAAACGCGAUCGAUGUUAGUGCAAAUAGUACGCACACGCACGAUGGAUCGACGUGUUGUAUAUAUUUCGCAAUGGGGAGGGCUUAGCCUUGUGAACUGUAUUACGUUUACAUCACUGUAUUGAAUGUUGAUGAUUGUUGCUAGUUUAUGUGCCAAUGUGUUGUCUUAUAUCGAAUAUAGGGCAAAUAAAUGUUAUUAGUCAUGAUUAUUCGUAAAAAGUUGCACUUAUUAUUUCUUAAUCACUGGUAUAUAUAAAUGCGAAUACGUAUAAAAAUAUUUUCCCAAAUUGUAACAAUAUAAUUGAUAUAUGUAAAAAUUGACCGUAAUUGUGCCGUUACUAUGUUAUCUACUCUCAAUGAAUAAAUUAAUGGCACCUGUGA